AUGAGGAAUGAUCCACUCACAUAUUUAGAAAGCAAGGAAGCACAGUUUUCCACAGUUUUUAGAAGCUUUUGCAAAGGAAACUCAUCUGCUGUUGUCCUUGGAGAACUGAUCUGUGAAAAGCUGAAAGCUUCCACUGUUGAGGCUCUCUACAACAGGACUGCCAUUGAUCUGGCUGACCAGAUGAAGUGCAAUUUCCCAGCAUUCAGUGGCAACACUCUGGACUUGGAAAAACAUAUACUGAAGUCCCUCGCUGAGAAAGAAGUCUUUGAUGAUUUCAUCACCUACAUCAAGAACCCAGGGAAACAUACAAAAGCUUUUAUCGCAGCAGCAGUAGAGAAAUACAUCUUCAAAGAUCACAAGGAUGAAGCCAUGAAUUUACUUGAGAAAAACGUUCUUGACAUCAACUCACUUGUUAGUCAAGCUUUAUUUACUGCAACACAUAAAGUCCAAACUCAGGGAGGAGAGGCAGACAGGUGGCUGAAGGAGUUUUCCAGUGCGCUAAAUGAUAAGCUUACUCUGGAUCCCAUUUGUUCUCAAAACUUCAGUGACAUAAAUGAUUUUAACUUUCUGAAGGGAGAGAUAGAGAAAGGAUUUGCUGCCAUCAUUGUGCAGAUGAGCACCAUGUCACUGGAAAACUUGAAGGAAUCCAGACUGAAGCCAGAUGAAAUCCUCACAGAUCAGCUGUGUAAGCGUUGCUGGGUAAAGUGUCCAUUCUGUUCCGCUGUUUGUAUCAACACUAUUGAAGAUCACAGUCCCGAUGACCACAGCGUCCCUUUCCAUCGACCUAAUGGGAUCCAAGGAUGGCACUACAAAGGCACAGUGGAGUUGUGCAUCACUUUCUGCACAACAAACGUUUCGAGCGAAGGCAGGUUUUACCCUCAUCAUGAUUCAGAGGAAAGCAUUCCUUAUAAACAAUACAGAACUGCUGGCUCAAAGUAUGCCACAUGGAGAAUCACUCCCGAUGGGUCGAGACUAUCGUACUGGAAAUGGUUUGUGUGCCGAUUUCAAAACACACUGGAAGAGCACUAUAAUCUAAAAUUCCAGGGCAGAGGAGAGAUUCCUGAUGACUGGAAAAAAAUCUCUAAAGAGGAAGCCAUUAAAAGCCUUGAUGAAAUGUACUGCUAACUCAAACAAACUGAAGCCCUGGGCUAAAUUAUCUUUUCUUUUCACCUCAAAAACCCACCUAAUAUCUGAAUUAACCACUGAAAAAUUUUGUUUUAGGAUUAAUCAAGAUUCCUACAACUAACCGGUGACAGUUGGUCAGGGGGUUUGCAGCGUAAACAAACGUUUGGCAGCCA